AUGUAUUUAAUCAUCCCUGUAUUCACACGAUUAAACCUCUUUUUUAAUCAAUUUACAAUAUUUCUAUUCCAAUUUUGGCUUACCUUCGCCGUCGGCCAAGUCAACUUUCCCGUUCCCUUAGAUUCAGCGGUCGAUCGAUCAAUUCAAUCAGCUAUGGCGGCCGUCGCAUCUUCGUCUUCCUGUACCGUCGCCCUUCUGCUCAGCACCGCCAAAUUGGCUGCGAAACCAACCCUCCAGAAUCAGGAUCAACUCCAAUGCUCCCUACCUCGUCCCCGUCGCCACAGGAAUGAUCUUCAUGGAUUCGCUUCACGUUCAGGAACAAUCAUCCAGAAAACCUCACGACUGAAUGCCAUGCCUGAAACGGCUGGGGAUCUCCUGUCUUCCCUGACAUCCCAUCUCCCCGGACUUCCAGGCUUCCACCUGCCCGGAGGAGACAGUUCCGGCCAAUUAACCAAUCAGAAUUCGACGCCUGAAGUCGCGGAAGAUCUCGUCUCUUCUGUGACAUCCCUUCUCCCCGGAAUUCCAGGCUUCCACCUGCCCGGAGCAGACAGUUCAGGCGAAUUAGUCAAUCAGAAUUCGACGCCUGAAGUCGCUGAAGAUCUCGUCUCUUCUGUGACAUCCCUUCUCCCCGGCAUUCCAGGCUUCCACCUGCCCGGAGCAGACAGUUCCGGCGAAUUAGUCAAUCAGAAUCCGACGCCUGAAAUCGCUGGAGAUCUCCUGUCUUCUCUGACAUCCCAUCUCCCCGGAAUUCCAGGCUUCCACCUGCCCGGAGGAGAGGGUUCCUGGUUAGCUGGAAUCGUUGGAUUGUGCGUUACAGUGCCUUUACUUAUCCAAAGGGUAUUGUCGUUUACAAAGGAGGUUGACCUGGCUGCUCAGACGGUGGAAAAGAUAGCAGACGCGGUGGAGCACGUGGCGGAGGAGGUGGACAAGGUGGCGGAAGGCAUCGGGGCGGCGCUGCCCGACGGCGGCUUGAAAAGUAUGGUCCAUUUUGUGGAAGUUUUGGCUGAGGAAACAGCCAAGGAUGCCCAAAAUGUUGAGGAUUUAAUGGAUAAGGUUGAGGAAUUGGAUGAGAAAGUGGAUGAGUUUCUGGGGAAGAAAACCAAGGACACUGAGAAAGCGUGAAUCUUAUCCAAAAAACGUGUUGCUAUAUUCAUCGUUUGUAUGUAGGAACAUAAUAUCAUUGCUCCACUUACAUCUGUUUGUAAAACUUCCACAAUUGUAUUAAUUUGUUGUAAUUAGGCAAUAAAAGAAUGGGACGCAGUACAUAGUUUGUAU